GAGUGAGCCUUGUUGUGAAUAGACGAUCUUUGCAAACAUCCAGCAGCCAUACUUGAUUCGCGGGUCGCGUAUGGAGGGACUCCGCGGCUGCAGCAGUGGAACCCCGCCGUCAGCGCCUCGGAACCGUUAACAGGUUAAGAUGACUGACUUCAUUUGAACGAUUUAGCCCCGAGAAAGCUGCAAACGGGAAGUGCAAACACGGGAAGACUCAAACUGCUAUCAGUUGUCUGUCGCCCGUUAACGGCAUUCUGACAGCUCGACAUCACCGCCAGCAGUCGUAGUAAUACAUUGACAGGUAUGUCUUCGCCCGCCUCACGAGACACCGUCGGUAAAAAGAAGCACGUCCGUUUCGCCAGAAUGGAGGACGACGAAGACAACGACGACCAGGAGGAGGACACCCUGUUUGACAAGAGGAAGGACGCCGGGAGAGGGCUGAAGAGUGCGCUGAAGGCGGUCAAGAGGACGACGAGACCGGGAUGCGAUGACCGGGUGGAGGUGGUCGGAGGAAGGAGGGGAAAUGGAACGUGCGGGCGCUGGGUGGUCACCCUCCUGCUCUGUGCAUCUUUCCUGGGCUUGGGGAUGAGUAUCUCUGUUCUUGGCCCCACGUUCGAGGACCUGGCUAUGAACGUGAAGAAGAACAUCAGCAACAUUUCUUACAUCUUCGUCGGUCGCUCUGCGGGCUACAUCGGCGGGUCCCUCUUAGGAGGCAUUCUCUUCGACUGCAUGAACCCCCAUCUCCUGCUAGGGUUUUCUGUGCUGAUCACGUCGUUUGGAAUGUGUGCUAUCCCUUUCUGUAAGCAGGCUCUGCUCCUCACCGGGCUCAUGUCCAGCAUUGGGAUGUCUAUGGGUGUUCUGGAUACAGGCGGUAAUGUCCUCAUACUGAACACAUGGGGUGAGCAGGCGGGUCCUCACAUGCAGGCUCUGCACUUCAGCUUCGCAGCCGGGGCCUUUGUGUCUCCGAUCAUAGCCAAGCUGCUGUUUGGGCCUGACGGGAACAGCAGCACAGGAAUCAUAGCAGCCAACUCCACGCCUCCUGUCACCGCAGAACAAAUCACCAAAAGCCCCGACGCUCGCGCAGUCAUCAGCUACGUCCAGAGCAGGAGCAGCACCCUCAAGUCCAUGUGGGCCUACGUUGUGAUCGGCUCUUUUGUCUUUAUCAUCUCCUUCCUCUUCUUCAUCCUCUACUCUCGCAGGAGCAUGUCACAUGACAAAGCCCGCACCUUGUCAGGAAAGCCCCUGGUGGCCAAACAUCACAUGGCUCUUGUUGUCCUGCUCUUCCUCUUCUUCUUUGCUUACGUAGGCGCUGAGGUAGCAUACGGCUCCUUCAUCUUCACCUUCGCCAAGGACUACGCCCACAUGCAUCAGUCUCAGGCAGCUGGGCUCAACUCGUUGUUCUGGGCGACGUUUGCUGCCUGCAGGGGGUUGGCCAUCUUCUUUGCAGCCUGCAUGCACCCUGGCACCAUGAUCCUGCUCAGCCUGGUGGGCUCCACUGUGUCCUCUCUGCUUCUCUGCCUCUUCAGCAGGGAGAAGGUGGCCCUGUGGCUUUGCACUGGUCUGUACGGGGCUUCCAUGGCCACCACGUUCCCCAGCGGCAUCUCCUGGGUGGAGCAGUACACCACAGUGACAGGCCACACGGCAGCAGUCUUCGUGGUGGGUGCAGCACUGGGUGAGAUGGUGCUGCCUGCUCUUGUAGGCUUCCUGCUGGGGAAGUUCCAGGACCACCCCCUGCUCAUGUACCUGUCACUCAUCACCGCCACCUUCACCUCCAUCCUCUUCCCAGUCAUGUACAAGCUGGCCUCGGCCCCCAGCGGCCAGAGCAGGAAACCCCACACCAGGGGCCGGCCUGACGCCGAUGACAGUGAGUAUCGUCAGGCGCUGCUGGACUCAGGAGCCAAUGACGAGGAGGAGGAGGAGGAGGAGGAGGAGGAGCAGGACGAGGCUGAUCAGUGGAACGACGCAGACUUUGAGGUCAUCGAAAUGGAUGAUACGGCAAGUCUCAUCAGUUCACCCAGCAAGGCUGCCUCUCCUCCUGAUGUCACUGGCCUAACAGGGAGCUCUGCUGCCUCCAGCACCCAGGUGCCAGAGCCUGCAGGUGGAGCCCCUUUCUCAGACACCAUCUCCCUGGCAGGAGACUCCCCCAGACACAAACUACUGCUCUCUCUGGACAGAGAAAAGAGAGACUGACACCUGCUCCUGUGACUCCUAAGUGCUGUUGAUGUCUCACUAAACACUAGAAGAGCCAUGCCUUCAACAUAUGUGUCCAUUUGUUGUCCAGAACCUGAAAACUCCAAUAUUUAUGAAGAGUUCUGAUGACUUACUGUGCAGUGAAGGCAACGCUGACUACUGACCGAAACCUGUGCAGCUUAUAAACGGCCCAUGCAGUGUGUCGACUGAAGGUUUUGGUUUUGCAGACUCAUCAGCAUCUUUUAAAGCUUUUGGACCCGUCCUGGAUGACCAAGGAUCAGAUUUUGAACUGUAUUGCUACACUACAGAUUGUUAUAAAUAAUAUAAUGUCAUUGAUUCUCUACACAGAGAGGACUUCUGUUCUCUAGCCUUCCCUGACCUAGCGAACAGAAGUCCCGGGGCUGGUAGAAUUCAGUGCCUUGCUCGAGGACAUGUGAGCAGAGUGGAUGAGUUGAACCGGGGACGGUCACCCUCUUCAUCACGCCACCCUCCUGCCACGAAACAGAUUUUUGAAAAUGUAAUUUAAUUUUGCACUAUUGGAGCGAUUUCAUCAACAGCAGGAAAUGUGUAUGAUGGUAGUUGUAAGAUUUGAAUGAAGAAUAAUUUUUUUUGGUGCACUUUUGUAAAGAUCAGAUUUUUGAUUUGUUCUUGUCAUGAACUGUAAUGUGUCAUGUGGCUCUAAAUCACGUGUUGUCACUGUGAUUCAUAUGGAUUCUUUGAAACUCAAUCAUUGACAGAAGGCAUUUUAAUACAUUGACUUUUUAUUAUAUCAAUCUCAAACCUCAACCCACAGCAAUGUCCAUUAAAAACAAACCAAAAAACA